AUGGACGCACUGAAGCUUGGUGCUCGCGACGCCGGUUAUCUUGAUGUCUCUACGAAUCUGCUUCCGCGGGGUGUCUUCGAUUUGAUCAAUUACCAUCUUGUCACGCAGCGCUUGGCGCUACAGAACAAUGUUCAAUUCCCAGAGCAGGGAGAGCAAGGGAAGAAGAUGGGCGUUGGCGCAAAAGUCAGGACGUUGACGCUGGCGCGGUUGCGGGCGAAUGAACCCGUCAUACAUCGAUGGCAGGAGGCACUCGCGAUCAUGGCCCAGCCCACGUACGUCCCGGCAUCUAUCGCCGAACUUGCGAGACUCGCAGACGAGAUAUGGUUUCUAUCGGGAGACCAGAGUGUUGAUAGCAGCUGGUACACCAAGCGAGCGACACUCUCGGCCAUCUACUCCUCGACCGAGUUAUACAUGACACAGGACAAGUCGGCCGACUUUGUAGAGACGGAGCAGUUUCUGGAUAACAGAUUACAAGACCUGAUGAAGGUUGGCGGCUUCAUGGGAGGACUGGGCGAGUGGCUCAACUAUACGGGCCAUUCUGCCGUCAACGUGCUGAGGAGUAAGGGUGCGCGCAUCUGA